ACUAUUUGUAUAUUUAGAAUUUUUAAAUUACAAUAUUACGGCUAUUUUAAAAGACCAUGGCCAGUGGAGAUUCACCUAGUCCUCAAUAUAUGACGUAUUCAAAAUCAAGGGUCCCUUUAUUGGGUGCGCUUAUCGAUUAUGUGGACACUAGCAUACACUAUUUGUGGACGAAAUCAUUUGUUGCAGCUGAACAAAUGCAUGUGCAGACAUCCAAAUCUACUUUAUCCAUUUCUUUUAUGACUUUCGUUUGCUUAGUGUUAGGUUUGCUUGCGAAUGUCAAGAUGGAAGUUGUGACUAUUGACGAAACAACUUUAGAACAUGAUCUACACAUUGUUUUAUUGAGCGAGAAAUAUAAAUUGUACGUGGAUGAUAUUGAUGUAUCAAAAAUUAUGUGCUGUAUUGAAGCUUCAGACACAUUAUUGGUAUUGAUAUCUUGCUUCUUGAUAUCCAAUUCAGGAUUUGCGUGUCAUCCUACUUGCGAGUACAUGUAUUUACCCUGGAUGGGUGUCACGCUGCGUGGACUAGCACUACGUCAGCUGCCGACAUCCGCAGCGCUUCUGUACACUAUGUACGUCGCUAAUGAAGACAUCAAUACGCUGUUUCUAACUUCAUUCGCUUUGUUAUUUAUUACAGAGUUACGUCUGUGGUUAGAGGUGGUAAGGUUGGUAUUUCUCCGAUGGGAGGCCAACGAACAAGUGAAAAUAUGCGGCUUGGAAGAAGAAGUCAAGACUCUAUGGAGCAAUGAAGAGGUGCCGAGCAUUGAAGUGUCUAAUUUUGUUUAUUAAAUCUUGUGAAAAAGAUUUCAAAUCGGGAAAAAUUCUUGG